AUGUCUGAGUAUACGGAAUGCCAUCUUGCCGUCAAAACCGCACGAUUUGUGGGUCCUCAUCCCUGUGAUACACUUAAGCAAAUUGCAAAUACGCUUAACUGUGACAUUACAGACGGAAAAUUCGCUCAACAUAUGGACGAACAUGAUCCCCUUAAAGAUCUACGACAGGAAUUCUUUUAUCCCAAAAUGAAGGAUGUACUUGGAGCUGACUUGAGUAUAGUGGACCCAGAGGAGGACUGUGUCUACUUCUGUGGGAACUCACUAGGUCUGUGUCCCAAAAAUACUAAAAAAUACAUAGACGUUGAACUGGACAAGUGGGCUAAAAUUGGUGUCCAAGGUUAUUUCCAGGGAGAAGGCAUGCCUUGGUCAAAAUGUCAUGAGAAGUUGGAUGUCGAUAUGGCUAAACUUGUCGGAGGUAGACCGGGUGAGGUGGCCAUUAUGAAUGGACUGACUGUGAACCUACACCUCUUACUGAUUUCAUUUUACCGCCCAACACCGAAGCGACACAAGAUAAUGUGUGAGAGUAAAGCAUUUCCGUCUGAUCAGUAUACAUUCCAAAGUCAGAUAAACCUGCACGGAUAUGAUAUGGAGACCAGUUUACUUCUCGUGGAACCACGGGAGGGAGAGAUCCUCUUGAGGACGGAAGACAUCCUGGCUAAGAUAGAGGAGGAAGGAGAGUCUAUCGCUCUGAUAUGUUUUAGUGGCGUGCAAUUUUACACUGGGCAAUUGUUGGAUAUACCGACAAUAACACGGGCUGGUCAUUCAAAGGGAUGUUACGUAGGGUUCGAUAUGGCCCACGCUGCUGGAAAUGUACCUUUAUACCUACAUGAUUGGGACGUCGAUUUUGCAUGUUGGUGUACCUACAAGUACAUAAAUGCUAGCGCUGGCUGUUUGGCUUGCAUUUUCCUUCAUGAAAAGCAUAAGCACAACAACUUUCCAAAACUGCUGGGAUGGUGGGGACAAAGAUUUGAAACGAGAUUCAAUCUGAACAAUGAUCUAGAUCUGUGUCCUGGAGCGUACGGUUACAGAAUCAGCAAUCCUGCAAGUCUUCUGUGUCCACCAAUCAAAGCCAGCCUCGAGAUAUUCAACAAAACAUCUAUGGAGGAAUUACGAGCCAAAUCUAAGUUAUUGACAGCGUACAUGGAAUACUGCAUAAUUAAAAAGUAUGGACGAACCGAUGGGAUGGCAAGUGGCCACAUGGAAAAAACAGACGCAAACUCACAACAAAUCAAUGUACACAUCUUAACUCCGUCUGACCCAGAACAUAGAGGGGCCCAAUUGUCACUUUCCUUCUCUGUCGAGAUAUCUCACGUCUUCGAGGAGCUUGAGAAAAGGGGAGUAAUUUGUGACGAGAAAAAACCGUCGGUGAUCCGUGUGUCCCCCGCCCCUCUGUACUGCUCGUUCAAUGACGUCCAUCGCUUUAUGGGGUACCUUGACCAAGCACUAGAGAGUGCUACAGUUACAGCUGCUUAAGACAAGACCUGAAUCUUCAAAAUGUAAAUGAU